AUGGAGUAUACAGAGUCAACUCCGAGCUAUGACAUUGAUUAUGGAGUGUCAGAGCCCUGCCAGAAAAUCGACGUGAAGCAAAUUGCAGCCCAGCUCCUGCCUCCACUCUACUCGCUGGUAUUCAUCUUUGGGUUUGUGGGCAACAUACUGGUCGUCCUCACCCUGAUAAACUGCAAAAAGCUGAAAAGCAUGACUGACAUCUACCUGCUCAAUCUGGCCAUUUCUGACCUGCUUUUCCUUCUUACCAUCCCGUUCUGGGCUCAUUAUGCCGCAGCCCAGUGGGACUUUGGAAAUACAAUGUGUCGACUUUUGACAGGGCUCUAUUUUAUAGGCUUCUUCUCUGGAAUCUUCUUCAUCAUCCUCCUGACAAUCGAUAGGUACCUGGCUAUCGUCCAUGCUGUGUUUGCUUUAAAAGCCAGGACAGUCACCUUUGGGGUGGUAACAAGUGGGAUCACUUGGGUGGUGGCUGUGUUUGCCUCUCUCCCAGGAAUCAUCUUUACCAAAUCUCAAAAAGAAGGUUUUCGUUGUACAUGCAGCCCUCAUUUUCCAACCAGUCAGUAUCAUUUCUGGAAGAAAUUUCAGACAUUAAAGAUGAUCAUCUUAGGCCUGGUCCUGCCCGUGCUUGUCAUGGUCAUCUGCUACUCGGGAAUCCUGAGAACCCUGCUUCGGUGUCGAAACGAGAAGAAGAGGCACAAGGCUGUGAGGCUCAUCUUCGCCAUCAUGAUUGUUUACUUUCUUUUCUGGGCUCCGUAUAACAUCGUCCUCUGCCUGAGCACCUUCCAGGAAUUCUUUGGUCUGAAUAACUGCGUUAGCUCCAACAGGCUGGACCAAGCCAUGCAGGUGACAGAGACUCUUGGGAUGACACACUGCUGCAUCAAUCCUGUCAUCUACGCCUUCAUCGGGGAGAAGUUCAGAAGUUACCUGUUGAGGUUUUUCCAAAAGCACGUUGCCAAACGCUUCUGCAAACGCUGUCCCAUCUUCCAGCGACAGGCUCCUGAGCGAGUAAGCUCAGUUUACACCCGAUCCACUGGGGAGCAGGAAAUAUCUGUUGGCUUGUGA